CCGGACUGCGCUGGCCGCGGGGGGCCUCGCAGCGCCCUUUCGGGUGUCUGGACUGGCGGGCCCGGCCUCGGCGGGUUCCCCUGGCUCCCCGCCGGGCUUCCGGUUUCCCGUCCCGGUUCGCGUGUCGGUCCCGGGCCGGUACCGGUCCCCAUGGAGUCCCAAUGCGACUACUCGAUGUACUUCCCGGCCGUGCCGCUGCCGCCUCGCGCCGAGCUGGCGGGGGACCCGGGCCGGUACCGGGCGCUGCCCCGGCGCAACCAUCUGUACUUGGGGGAGACGGUCCGCUUCCUGCUGGUGCUGCGCUGCCGGGGCGGCGCGGGGAGCGGGGCCGGCGGCGGCUCGGGUGCGGGUUGCCGAGGGGCUUGGGCGGAGCUGGCCACUGCCCUGGCCGCCCUGGCCUCGGUCAGCGCGGGAGGCGGGCUGUCGGGGGUCGGGGGCGCCGGCGACCAGGAUGCCGAGCCGCCCGGGGGAGGGGACCCGGGGGGCGGGGGCCUGUUCCGAGGCUGCAGCCCCCUCCUCACCCACGGCCCGGGUCCUGCUACCUCAGGGGGAGCGACCACGCUGCCUGUGGAGGAACCGAUUGUGUCCACAGAUGAGGUCAUCUUCCCACUCACCGUUUCACUGGAUAGACUACCCCCAGGGACACCCAAGGCCAAGAUUGUAGUGACCGUGUGGAAGAGGGAGGUUGAGGCACCGGAAGUUAGAGAUCAAGGCUACCUGCGCUUGCUACAGACCCGAUCUCCUGGGGAGACCUUCCGGGGCGAGCAGAGCGCAUUCAAGGCCCAAGUGAGCACUCUGCUGACGCUGCUGCCCCCUCCGGUUCUGAAAUGCCGGCAGUUCACUGUGGCUGGAAAACACUUGACCGUGCUCAAGGUGCUGAACAGCUCCUCCCAGGAGGAGAUCUCCAUCUGGGAUAUCCGAAUCCUUCCCAACUUCAAUGCUAGCUAUCUACCUGUCAUGCCCGAUGGCUCUGUGCUGCUGGUGGACAAUGUCUGUCACCAAUCUGGAGAGGUCUCCAUGGGCUCCUUCUGCCGGCUCCCCAGUACCUCUGGCUGCUUCCCCUGCCCACUUAGUGCCCUGGAGGAACACAACUUCCUGUUUCAACUGAGGGGGGGUGAGCAGCCCCCUCCAGCAGCCAAGGAGGGCCUUGAAGUCCCCCUGAUUGCUGUGGUUCAAUGGUCCACCCCAAAGCUACCCUUCACCCAGAGCAUCUAUACCCACUACCGCCUGCCCAGUGUCCGCCUAGACCGCCCCUGCUUUGUGAUGACUGCUUCUUGUGAGUCCCCUGUUCGGACCUACGAGCGUUUCACUGUCACCUACACGCUGCUCAACAAUCUCCAAGACUUCCUUGCUGUGAGGCUUGUGUGGACCCCGGAGCAUGCACAGGCUGGAAAGCAGCUGUGUGAGGAAGAGCGUCGGGCCAUGCAAGCAGCCCUAGACUCCAUUGUCUGCCACACGCCCCUCAACAACCUCGGCUUCUCUAGGAAGGGCAGUGCGCUCACCUUCAGUGUGGCCUUCCAGGCCCUGAGGACAGGGCUCUUUGAGCUGAGCCAGCACAUGAAACUGAAGCUGCAGUUCACGGCCAGUGUGUCCCACCCUCCACCUGAGGCCCGGCCCCUGUCCCGCAAGAGCAGCCCCAGCAGCCCUGCCGUUCGGGACUUGGUGGAGAGGCAUCAGGCUAGCCUGGGCCGCUCUCAGUCUUUCUCCCACCAACAGCCUUCCCGCAGCCACCUCAUGAGGUCGGGCAGCGUGAUGGAGCGCAGAGCCAUCACACCCCCAGUGGCCUCCCCUGUCGGCCGCCCCCUCUACCUGCCCCCAGACAAGGCUGUGCUCUCUCUGGACAAGAUUGCCAAGCGCGAGUGCAAAGUCCUCGUGGUGGAGCCCGUCAAGUAGGACUGAGCUACUCUCUGAACACCAUAUACUCCAGAAACCCAAAGCCCCCGGAGGGCUUCCCACUCCCAGGCUGUGCCUCCCACUGCGGGCAGAGAGGCAUGGCAGGGCUGCCUACCUGUGUCUGCUGAGAGGAGGGAUGAGGGCAAAGCUGUGACACGUGGGGUGUGGCUGGCUGCAGUGCUUGGCCCACAGUGUUCCCCCUAGUUCCUGUGGGGGGCUGGUCCCACCCCAGGACGGCAAGGGCUGCAAGAGCUCCUGCCCCCUGCCUUCACCCUCAUUCUAAGUUUACAGAGUGUUCUCCUCAUUUCCUAGUACAUCUCAUAUUCCCUCCCACCCACCCACAGGGCUGAGAUUAGAGGGUGGUGGUGGUAAAGGGACCCGACAAUGACUUUCCUGUCUCAGGGGUUGGGGACAUAGUUAGGUGGCCUCCUUCUGCCCCUCAUGUUUACGUUGGCAGCCUGAAGCACUUUAAGUUGUCAUUUUUUUUUGUUUUGUUUUUCAGUCUGUAUCUGUAACUUAUUCUCCAACUGAAGUGAGACCAUUAAAUGCCUGUUCAGGAGGGAGAA